CCCGAGCAUGCUUAGGUAUUCCGACGAAGAGAUUCUGUAGCUUGAUUUCUCUCCAUGAGUAACACCCAGGUGGCACCAUCUUCAGCGUUCCAAGGUUGUCUGGGUUGGGAGGGCAUAUUGCUCUCGCAUUCGUUGCGCCGGUACUCGCUUGCUCACCUGUUAUCCUCAGGUAAACUAUUUGAAGGAAUACUUAAGUUCACCAUAUGCUACUUGAUGCUCGCAGGAUAUCAAGGCAAGUAUUCUCAACUCCAGUUUGAAUUGUCUGCACAACCUUUUCUUCCGGUUCAACCAAACUAUUUCGCGAAACUAAGGAACUAAAGCCAACAAAAAGUCAAAUUUUUGAACGUAAGGGCGGUCCAACGGCUAUAUAGGGUGGGCUUCUUCUAUUACAAUUCAUCAUUUCUCAUCAUUCUUCCAUCACACUUGCAGACUCGCAGUCAUAUUUCUAUUCACUUACCAUGGCGACACAACACCCCCUGAAGCGCUCUCGUUCUCCAUCUCCUACCACUUCGUCAUCACCAGUCCUGCAGCGCUUCAAGACAUCAGAAAGCGUCAAAUUCCUCGUCAUCUCCGACACUCAUGAUGCAGAGCUUUCGUUCUACCCCCACUGUGACGUCCUGCUCCACUGCGGCGAUCUAACAGAGGACGGCACCCCCUCGAGUAUCUCCAAUGCCCUGAAGGCCCUCAGGAAGGUCAAUGCAGAGCUCAAGCUCGUCAUACCCGGCAACCACGAGAUCUCCUUAGACAAAGAUUACUACCUCGCUGAAGGGGGCACCGAAGACGACCAUCUAAAGGCCCGCGACACUGCAUACGGGCCUGAAGCACGUCGGGCUGGGGUUUCCGUCCUCGACGAAGGAACGCACACCUUCACCCUGAAGUCUGGUGCGACCUUCAGCAUCUACGCAAGCCCUUGGACGCCAAAAUACGGAGCUUCAGCGUUCCAGUACCCCAGCAACAAAGACCGCUUCAACGAAUUUUCACCAAAGUGGGCGGAAAACGUUGGUACCGAGACGUCGGUCAUUCCCGAGGGCGUCGAUAUCGUUAUGACGCACGGCCCACCCAAAUAUAUCCUCGAUUCAACCUCGGACGGACGAAGUGCUGGGUGCGAGCAUCUCCGACGAGCAAUCGCGCGGACGCGGCCCAAGUUGCACUGUUUUGGGCAUGUGCAUAGGGGUUAUGGUGCCCAACGGAUCGAAUUUGACCCCAAGUGGGAGGAGGAGGAGAAGAGUGGUGACGACUUAGAUUGCAUCGUUGCCCUUCCCAAGGAGUGGGUAGGGAAAAAUCAGGCGAAGCGGAAAGGGUACGCGAGUCUGCCUCCGAAUUCAGCCGAGGCCUUUCGCGACCGAAAGCAGACUCUGAUGGUGAAUGCCGCUGUGAUGGACGAGAAGGAUGAACCCGGAAACGCGCCGUGGGUUGUCAAUUUAGAGUUGCCCUUAACUAAGGGAGCUGAAGGCCUCCGGGAUGGUGUAUCAUCAGUACGCUGAUCUAAAGAGGUGACUGGGUGGGCGCCAGGACACGUAGCCGAAACAUUAGGCAUUUGGCAUCUUGC